CCGCAAAGGAGCAUGGGACUUUUAGUCCUCAUUCUGGGGACGCUUGGCUUGAUAACCGAAGAUCAAAACAAGACAUUUACCGGGCGGGAUAAAACAUAUAGGUUAAAUACGACGCCGUUAAGAGUUGUAUAUCUCACGAAUUCGGGUGAAUUUGUGCGGAUUGACUGAUCAGACUCAGAGAAAGGGUCACUUUUGAUGGGAAAACACAGGAAGUCGGUAGCGUUGUGGGACGUGUAGUUCUGCCUGCAGGCCAUCGAGCUCAAAAACAAGAAGCAUCAAUAAAAUAAUCUGAAGAUAACCCCAAAUAUCGCGUUUUUUUUUUUUAGGACUCUAUUUUUGCAGCAAACAUGCCCGGGUUCACGUGCUGUGUGCCGGGCUGCUACAACAACUCGCACCGGGACCGGGAGCUGCGCUUCUACACGUUUCCUAAGGACGCGGCGCUGCGGGAGCAGUGGCUGCGCAACAUCUCCCGAGCCGGGGUGAGCGGCUGCUUCAGCACCUUCCAGCCCACCACGGGGCACCGCGUCUGCAGCGUGCACUUCGCCGGGGGGAGGAAGACCUACAGCGUGAAGGUGCCGUCGCUGUUCCCGCUGCGGGGCGUGAACGAGCGGCGGAGCCGGCGGGGGAGAGGCGGCAAGAAGGUGACCCUCUCCGCGGUGCCCGCCGCCAGCGUGCUGGCCAUCGCCGUGGGCGGAGGGGAGGGCGGCGUGGCCGGCGAGGGCGAGGACGACAGCAUCACCGUGGUGCAGAUAGGCCAGAACGGGGAGUACCUGGGCACGGCCCGGCUCCCCACCAAGUCCGAGGAGACCUUCACCGCCCCGGUGGAGGAGGACGAGGAGUCGGGGGAAGCCGCCGGCGUGCUGCCGGUGCAGUAUGUGAGCGUGAGCAGCUCCCCGCUGGACCACUCCUACUCCCUCACCACGGGGACCACGUCCGCCGAGCUGCUCAGGAAACUCAACGAGCAGCGGGACAUCAUCGCGCUGAUGGAGGUGAAGAUGAAGGAGAUGAAGGCGACCAUCCGCCAGCUGCGGGUGGCGGAGGCCAAGCUGCAGGAGGAGGUGCGGGAGCGGGACAGGCUCCUGUACGGCCACUGCACGGGGACGCCCCCCCGGAAGAAAGUGUGAUGGAGCCGGUGGAGCUGGUGCCCUGGAGCACCCUAUGAUGGAAUUAUUUGCUGAAAAUGUAAUAAUAACGCCUGAAAAUGUAAUAAUAACGCCUGAAAAUGUAAUACAAUUUGCACUUGACUCAAUCGAAAAUGUAACAAAACCCAAAAAUGUAAUAACAUAUCCAUCAGGAUAUUGUAAUAGCAUUUUUACAAUACCUUUUAUUUAUUACAUGGUACUCAAAGUCUGCAAUUUAACCCAAUAGUCAUUCUGGUGUUUCAAAUCCAGUGUAUAUAACAUUCUUAGAUACUUAAAACACAAAAUGUAGAACUCUGGACUGAAAAUGAACAUAUAUAUUACAUUAUUUGUCAAGUAUAACAUUAUCAGUUUUGGAAAAAAAAAAAAAAAAAAAGAAGACCCACCUGGAAAUGUAAUAAAUUACCAAUAAGGUAUUACAUUAUUGGUAAAAAUGUUAUUAAAAUAUCAGUCAGGAUAUUUUAUUACGUUAUUGGGGAAGUUAUUACAUUAUUGGAUUUUAUUACAUUUUCGAUUGAGUUAAAUGCAAAUUUUAUUACAUUUUCAGGCGUUAUUACAUUUUCAGGAAAUUAUUACAUUAUAGGGUGCUACAUGCCCGGAGGAGCCCCGUCACAGAGACUCGCACUAACCAGGAGCAAGAGGGCUUUGAAGGCAGAUCCAGCCCAGUUUUGUAUUAAACUAUGAACAGCAAAAACUUUGGGGGGGAAACAAAAACAAACAACAUACAUGCUUGUCAAAAAGCCAGUGUUAACAUCUUGUUCGUCGUGUAGGUAGCAGAUAUUAAUAACUUAAUUGCUACUCACUCUGAAACAUACAGAAUGCUGUUUUUCUGCAGAAAAUCGACAAUUCUCGUAUUAUACCCUCACCCAACUUUAUGAGCAUGCAGAGACUGUCAGGAUAACUGGCUCGCGUUUUUAAGACUGAGUAGAAGACUCACACUUGCAUAGCUGUGGUGUUUUUCUCCUUGACCUUUUUUCAUUUUUGAUUCCUUGCUUUUUAGCUGCAAGUAGGAGGCUAAUACAUGAAAUCACGAUAGUUAGAACUAAUAUAAAGUGUGCCAAGACGAAGCAUAGAGGUUUCUUUAAACCACAGCAUGACUCUUUACACACUUAUGUGGUUUUAAUUAUAUAAAUGAAACGCUACUAUGACUGUAUUAGAGUUGUAGUUAAAUGUAGAAGUCAAAAAAGACUUUAAGGAACUCCUACUACAAAAGACACUCAGUGUAUCAAAUGUCUCGAAAGGCUGUUUUAUUCAGAAAUGCAUUGUUACAUUUGACCAACUGUUUUUUUUUUUUUCCUUUUGAUUGUAUAGGAAAUCUUAGUAAAACAACGUUUUACGUUCUCCAGGUACAUUAUGCAACUCGAUCAUCUAUGUCAGUGUGUGAGAGGUUGUUUAAUGAAACAGUGCCUGCUCAGAUGUUUUCUCAACACAGAGGGUUAGUGGCUGUAUCUCGCUCCUGUACAUGAGUGUUUUAUGCACAAUGUGUUGUUUGAUUUGUUUGAUUUCUGAACUUGGCCUGACAGCUAUGCUGUAUUUUGGGUUUGAAGUGAAUUUAAUUUUAGUAUAUUGUGCAGAUUCACAUAGAGUAAUUUUCAACUCUACAAAUGAUUAAUAUUUUAUUUUCUUCUUCGUCCAGUUUCACAGUAACUGUGGGUAGUAAGUUCCUGCAGGGUUUUCAGUGCUUUAACCAUCUGGGGAACAUGGUCCUAACUGGAGACUGGGUCUUUGUUUGUACUAGGAAAGGAGAGAAAGCUUUGGUGUAGCUUCCGUAAGCUUUUUUUGAUGAGAGUAUUUUUUUAAAGCUGUGUCGACCUGUGUAAAAACUCAUUAAAUUUGUAUAAUAUGAAAACGUCAA